AUGCCGACCGACGCCUUCGUCGAGGGCGACGGGUUCGAGUACGCCGCGUGCGCGACGGAGAACACGACGGGGCAGUUGACGUGGGACGCGGCGCGGCGGUUAGAGACGUUUUUGCGAUGCGACGACCGAUGGCGGCGACGCGAUGGCGUCGUGGUGGAAGGACGCGACGGCGCGACGGCGCGGCGGACGACGACGCGGGCGUUGGAGUUAGGGAGCGGGAACGGGUGGUUGGGGAUGGCGCUCGUGCGCGAGCGCGAACGGUCGGGGGUGGGGGAGAUGGUGAUGACGGAGCGCGCGCGAGGCGGCGCGUUGGAGUGGUUGCGGCGACGGGUCGAGGCGAACGCGGCGUGGACGCGGGGUGGUUCGGGGGCGAUCGCGUGUAAAGCGCUGGAUUGGGUCGAAUUCGCUCGAGAUGAAGCGGAGGGAGGCGAUGACGAUGGCGCGUUCGCGGGAUUCGACGCGAUAUUCGGUUCGGAUUUGGUGUACGACCGCGACGGCAUCGAGGCGCUGCCGCGCGUCGUCGCCGCGCUCCUCAGAAGGAACCCGGGGGCGGAAUUCUGGUACGCCCACACGAAACACCGGUACGACGGCAUGGAUGAAGACUUCUUCGCCGAGAUCGAGCGAUGCGGUCUCUCGAGAGAAGAGGUGAGAGAGGACGGCGUGCCGACUCCGCCGCCUUCGCCGCCGCCUUUCGAGUCGCUCUUCCCGGACCAACGCAUCGCCGUCUAUCGUAUCUCCCUCGAUGCAUCGGCGAAUCAAAAUUGA